AUGGAAUCAGCACCCCAACCAAAACCAAUAUUACAGAAACCACCGGGUUACAGAGACCCCAACACCCAACCGGCGAUGGCGAAACCCCUUCCGCCGCGAAAACCGGUCCUGCCACCUUCCUUCCGGCCGAAACCGAAGCGGCGGGGCUGUUGCCGGAUAUGCUGCUGCACCUGCUGCAUUAUCAUCCUCGUCCUGAUCUUCGCCUCCGUCAUCGCCGCCGGCCUCAUCUACGUCUUAUACGACCCGUCCGUACCGGAGUUCCACCUGACGUCGUUCCGGGUUCCAAAGCUGAACAUCACCGACAAGGGCGACGGUGCCUACCUGGACGCAGACACGGCGACGAGGGUGGAAGUUAAGAACCGCAACAGCAAGAUUGUGUGGCAAUUCGAGCAGACAAGCUUACAGAUUUUGGCAGAUAACGGUGACCUGAAUCUGGGGUCCACCAAGGUUUCUGGUUUCACGGUGAAGGAGAAGGGAAUGUCGCAGUGGAAGGGCGAGACAAGCGUGAGAGGGGAGGCUUUGGAUGCGAAGCAAAAGAGGAAGCUUAAAAGUAUGAUUGAGAGCAAAGCGUUGAUUCCAACUGUGGAAGUUCAAACCAGAACGGGUUUUAGCAUGCAGGGUUGGAAAUCAGGGACUCUUGGGAUCUCUGUUGUCUGUGGUGAUGUCACCAUGAGACAAAUUGAAAAUGGUGACAUGCCUAGAUGCUCCGUCACUGUCCUCAAAUGGUAA